AAAGGCACUCAGGAGUCCCACAGACACAGGCAGGGUCCCCUCAUGGCCACCCUGGACUCCAACAGGGAGAGUCAGGAUCCACACUGAAAGGGAGACAGGGAACAACUCACAGACAGGCAGGAGACACCACUAGACAUACCCAGUCCACUCAUGGACAAGCCACCAGGCCAGAAUCCAGUAGGACCGGGAGAAGAGAAUCCAGUGUCAGUGAGUCCAGUGACAGUGAAAGGCACUCAGGAGUCCCACAGACACAGGCAGGGUCCCCUCAGGGCCAUGCUGGAUCUCAACAUGGAGAGUCGGGAUCCACCCGGGAAGGAGGACCAGAAACUACUCACAGACAGCAAGGACACACCACUAGACAAGCUCAUUCUGGUCUUGGACAGGCCACCAGGACAGAAUCUAGCAGGACCCAAAGAAGCAGAUCCAGUGCCAGUGAAUCGAGUGACAGGGAAAGGCACUCAGGAGUCCCACAGACACACACAGAGUCCCCUCAUGGCCAGGCUGGAUCUGAACAUGGAGAGUCAGGAUCCACCCGGGAAGGAAGACAGGGAACUACUCACAGACAGGCAGGAGACACCACUAGACAUACCCAGUCCACUCAUGGACAAGCCACCAGGCCAGAAUCCAGUAGGACCGGGAGAAGAGAAUCCAGUGUCAGUGAGUCCAGUGACAGUGAAAGGCACUCAGGAGUCCCAAAGACACAGGCAGGGUCCCCUCAGGGCCAUGCUGGAUCUCAACAUGGAGAGUCGGGAUCCACCCGGGAAGGAAGACAGGGAACUACUCACAGACAGGCAGGAGACACCACUAGACAUACCCAGUCCACUCAUGGACAAGCCACCAGGUCAGAAUCCAGUAGGACUGGGAGACGAGAAUCCAGUGUCAGUGUGUCCAGUGACAGUGAAAGGCACUCAGGAGUCCCACAGACACAGGCAGGGUCCCCUCAUGGCCACCCUGGAUCUCAACAUGGAGAGUCGGGAUCCACCCGGGAAGGAAGACCAGAAACUACUCACAGACAGCAAGGACACACCACUAGACAAGCUCAUUCUGGUCACGGACAGGCCACCAGGACAGAAGCUAGCAGGACCCAAAGAAGCAGAUCCAGUGCCAGUGAAUCGAGUGACAGGGAAAGACACUCAGGACUCCCACAGACACACACAGAGUCCCCUCAUGGCCAGGCUGGAUCUGAACAUGGAGAGUCGGGAUCCACCCGGGAAGGAAGACAGGGAACUACUCACAGACAGGCAGGCGACACCACUAGACAUACCCAGUCCACUCAUGGACAAGCCACCAGGUCAGAAUCCAGUAGGACCGGGAGAAGAGAAUCCAGUGUCAGUGAGUCCAGUGACAGUGAAAGGCACUCAGGAGUCCCACAGACACAGGCAGGGUCCCCUCAGGGCCAUGCUGGAUCUCAACAUGGAGAGUCGGGAUCCACCCGGGAAGGAAGACAGGGAACUACUCACAGACAGGCAGGAGACACCACUAGACAUACCCAGUCCACUCAUGGACAAGCCACCAGGCCAGAAUCCAGUAGGACCGGGAGAAGAGAAUCCAGUGUCAGUGAGUCCAGUGACAGUGAAAGGCACUCAGGAGUCCCACAGACACAGGCAGGGUCCCCUCAGGGCCAUGCUGGAUCUCAACAUGGAGAGUCGGGAUCCACCCGGGAAGGAGGACCAGAAACUACUCACAGACAGCAAGGACACACCACUAGACAAGCUCAUUCUGGUCUUGGACAGGCCACCAGGACAGAAUCUAGCAGGACCCAAAGAAGCAGAUCCAGUGCCAGUGAAUCGAGUGACAGGGAAAGGCACUCAGGACUCCCACAGACACACACAGAGUCCCCUCAUGGCCAGGCUGGAUCUGAACAUGGAGAGUCGGGAUCCACCCGGGAAGGAAGACAGGGAACUACUCACAGACAGGCAGGCGACACCACUAGACAUACACAGUCCACUCAUGGACAAGCCACCAGGUCAGAAUCCAGUAGGACUGGGAGACGAGAAUCCAGUGUCAGUGAGUCCAGUGACAGUGAAAGGCACUCAGGAGUCCCACAGACACAGGCAGGGUCCCCUCAUGGCCACCCUCCAUUCCAACAGGGAGAGUCAGGAUCCACACUGAAAGGGAGACAGGGAACAACUCACAGACAGGUAGAAGACUCCACUAGACAUGCCCAGUCUGGUCAUGGACAGGCCACCAGGACAGAAUCCAGCAGGGCCCGAAGAACGGGAUCUAGCAUCAGUGAGUCCAGUGACACGGAAACGCACUCAGGAGUCCCACAGACAAACACAGGAUCCGCUCAUGGCCAUGCCGGAUCUCAACAUGGAGUGUUGGGAUCCUCCCAUGAAGGAAGGCAGGGAACUACUCACAGACAGGCAGGAGACACCACUAGACAUACCCAGUCCACUCAUGGACAAGCCACCAGGACACAAUCCAGUAGUACCCAAAAAACGGGAUCUAGCAGCAGUGAGUCCAGUGACAGGGGAAGGCUUUCAGGAGUCCCACAGACACAGGCAGGGUCCCCUCAUGGCCAUGCUGGAUCUCAACAUGGAGAGUCGGGAUCCACCCGGGAAGGAAGACAGGAAACUACUCACAGACAGGCAAGAGACACCACUAGACAUACCCAGUCCACUCAUGGACAGGCCACCAGGUCAGAAUCCAGUAGGACUGGGAGACGAGAAUCCAGUGUCAGUGAGUCCAGUGACAAUGAAAGGCACUCAGGAGUCCCACAGACACGGGCAGGGUCCCCUCAUGGCCACCCUGGAUUCCAACAGGGAGAGUCAGCAUCCACCCAUGAAGGAAGACAGGAAACUACUCACGGACAGCAAGUAGACACCACCAGACAUACACUGUCUGGUCAUGCACAGGCCACCAGGACAGAAUCCAAUAGGACGGGAAGAACAGGAUCUAGGAGCAGUGAGUCCAGGGACAGGGGAAGGCCUUCAGGAGUCCCACAGACACAGGCAGGGUCCCCUCGUGGCCAUGCUGGAUCUCAACAUGGAGAGUCGGGAUCCACCUGGGAAGGAAGACAGGGAACUACUCACAGACAGUCAAGAGACACCACUAGACAUUCCCAGUCCACUCAUGGACAAGCCACCAGGUCAGAAUCCAGUAAGACUGGAAGAAGAGAAUCCAGCAUCAAUGAGUCCAGUGAAAGGCCUUCAGGAGUCCCACAGACACACACAGCGUCCCCUCAUGGCCAUGCUGGAUCUCAACUUAUAGAGUCAACAUCUUCCCAUGAAGGUAGACUGGGAACUACUCGCCCACAGACAGGAGACACCACUGGACCUGCCCAGUCUGGUCAUGGACAAGCCACCAGCGCUGAAUCCAGGUGGACUGGAAGAAAGGGAUCUAGUGUGAGUGAGUCCAGCGACACUGAAAGGCACUCAGGUGUGUCACAAGGACACUCAGUUUCUAGUCAUAGGCAUUUUGGUUCUAUCCCCCAAAACACAGUUAGUAAUACAACCAGAAGACAUGGUUCUAGUACUGAAGAGUCAGGAGAUAGUUCUAAACAUUCCAUAAUUGAACAAGGGAAGACUUCAAUUCAUAAGCAACCUAGUUCCAGAAGAUCAGGAGUACAGGCAUCCUCCCAUAGACAUGUUGGAGACAAAUCUACAUUCUCAGGUUCAGCUCAGGGGCACACCACAUCUUCUCGUGGACAGUUAGGAAUUGGCACAACAGAACAAGGUGGAUCCAGCCAUACACAGUUGCAUGAUACUCAUAGACACACCAGUGAUAGCAUAAGUAAGCAUUCACAUAGCAGUCAUCACCAAUCUAGAGUAAGUCAUUCUCAGUCACAGCUUAGUGGAAGACAAAGACAUGGAUCAGAUCAAGGAUGGAAACAUGGCAGUUAUGGAAGUGCUGAAUAUGAUUAUGGGCAGUCUGGGUAUGGACCCUCUGGGGGCAGCAGAACAAGCAGCCACAAUUCUAGCCCUUUGAGGUCAACAGAGAGAGCUGCAAACAAUCAAGUGUCUACACAUGGACAAUUAAUUUCUGGUUAUGACCAUACAGGAUCAAAAGCAACUGAAAUAACAGAAAGACAAGGUUCAAGUCAUGGACAAUCAGUUGAUUCCCAUAAUCAGUCUGCAUCCAGUGUAACUAGAAGGCAGGGAUCUAGUCAUGGGCAUUCAGUAGUAAGUCAUGAACCAUCAAGUGACACUCAUAUUCAAUCUGGAAGGUGGCAGUCAAGCAACCAUUCUAUAUUCAGCCAUGGAAAAUCUAUAUCAGCUCAUUGCCAUUCAAAAUCUGGUUCAACUCUUAGGCAGGGAUCCCAUAGUGAUAAUAAAGGGAAUUCCAAAGAUUGGGGGAAACAGAUUCAUGAAUCAUCAGGAUCUACUCAUGGACAGUCGGAGUUCAAUAAUAUAAGUAUGCAUGAAUCCAGCCAGGAGCAUUUGGGAGAUACAUCUUCUCAUGAGCAGAUAAGAUCCAGCACAAGUUUAGUAAGACAAGAAUCAAGUAAUAGGCAAUCAGUAGACAUCCAGGGUCAAUCUGGAUUCAGCACCAAUGAAAGACAAGUAUAUAACCAUGACCAAUCAAGUGACAGCUAUGAGCAGUCAAGUGAUAGCAGAAGCAGGAGGCAAGGGUUCAUUUCUAGUCACUCUCUUAAUAGACAAGACCCUACAGGAAGUGAAAAAUAUGGGUAUAGACAUUCAUCAAGCAGUAAAACCAUAUGGAGUGGGGAAAAACAAAAGCAAGGGCCCACAUCAAGUUUGUUAGGAAGCAUCAUUAUAUAUAGUCAGGAUGUGGACAACAUGCAUACAAGAAACUCUGAGGCUAGAGGUUGCCAUAAAAGGGAGAGAACAGAAUCAGGUUCCUUUUACUUAGAAGGUAACACUCCACUCUAUGAAUAUGUCCAAGAACAAAGGUAUUAUUACUUUGAAUAAUUUGAAACCAACAGAAAACAAACUAGCUCAAAUAAGAACCCAAAAAAGAAAUGAGACAUACAACACGGAAUUAAGAUACAUGAUCUUUUCUUUUGGUAGGGGGGUAUAUAGCUGUCCUUUUAUUUAACUGUAGCACUGUACUCUAUUUCUUUUGUUUGGUGCAAGGUUUUUGUAAGGCUCCACAAUCACUAAGCUCUUUGGUUAGAAAACAAUGAAUGGAAGAAGUAAAUAGCAUUUGGAACUAUAUUCAAAACUAUAUGACAAAGUCAUUUGGGUGCUUUAGGAUAAAAUGAGCAUUUUUUAAAAAUUUCUCAGACUCAGAUCAUGGACUUUCCAGAUUUUAUUUUAAUUGACCACUGACAAACCUAUCCAGGGAGCUAAGAAACAUGAUUUUGGAGCCAAAAUUUCUCCAAUAAUACUGUAACACACUCCAUGUUCUGAACAAAGAAUGUUAUAGUAGGUGAUGAGUCAGAAUAUUUGCAUCUUUUGUGCCACCACUGGAACUAGAUACUACUAUUUUUGAAUUUAUUGUCAUGAUCUCCUAUAUUGCAUAAAAUUGUCAAUAAAUUUUACAUCAAGGUAA